CACAGCUAUCACCAUGAGUGACUUUCUCGAUGAAGUCCAUAUCGUCAGGAGUGGUCCGAUGCCUUAAACUCUUCGAAACUACCUGCGCGCUGGCACGGCAGGGUAUUGACAAUGAUGUUUCGGAAGCUAUAAGGACAGUCGCGGAAGAGAGUGCAAGGUUUAAGACGUGGUGUUGCGAUCAUUCUGCGCAUCUCAAGGGGCAUCUUUCUCUGGAUCAGCAAUUGUGCGAUUCUUCCCACAUCCGAGAUAUCGUUGAAGAUAUUCUCCUGGGCCUGAUUGAUGACCUACUCUGGGUAACUGCAAUUGCCAAUCCCUCUGUCAAUGAUGACGGUGACGACGACUCUGACUCGGAUUGGUCGUGGGAAGAAAUACAGCAGCCUUUUCCAAAAAGGAGAAUCGAACGUCUACACGAAUCCAUCGCCAGUGCUAUCAGCUCCUUACUACGACUGGGCCCAACCCUUCGACGUCCCGCUCCCUUCGACAAGUAUGCCCAAUCAAAGACAGUCGACGUGUCAUUUUUCAAACCCUUUGAUACAGAUUAUAUUCAUUCAGCGUUUCCCCUUCUGAGUCCAAAGCUUAAAGAAAGAUGUGUGGACGCAACUUUACGACGCCGACAGCUUCUCAGAUAUAGCGAGCGGAGCCACGAAACAUUGGGGAAGGAACUAGCAUCGGACAGAGAAGAAGACAAUGACGAGCAACCAGCGACUCUGGUCCUGGGUCUGACAGUAUCUUCCGUACCAACCGAAAUGGGGCAACCAGAAGACUCCAUGUCAGAUACAUCAUCCACCACGUCCUUUACAUCUUUUGAUAUCGAUUGUGAGACAAUUCAAAUCCCCAAUCCCCCUUCAGGCGCCCGGUCAGAUGGGAAGCAUCCUUUCGAGUGCCCUUAUUGCCACGCUAUAAUAUGCCCGGCUGGUAUACACAACUGGAGACAACAUGUCUGUGAAGAUCUGCAACCGUACCUUUGCACAUUUGAGAGCUGCGCUCAGGGAGAUGAGCUUUUUCGGUCCCGUCGCGAGUGGUUUGAACACGAGCUUCAAUUCCACAGACGAGAAUGGGUAUGUCCUGGGACCUGUCACGUGAGUUUCGGAUCUUUACCAGAAUUUCAAACCCAUUUGUCUCAUAUUCACCCUGACCUGGUCAAUGAGAAUAUUCCUUCGACUUUUGACCGGUUCUGUGAGCGGCAGGCUUCUGCCAACUCCUCUGCGAUCUGUCCAUUCUGUCAGCAAGCUUUGAUAUCUCGCGAACAUAUUAAGAUUCACAUCGGGCGGCAUCAGAUUCGGUUGGCACUGCAGUCACUGACUUCAUCUGGCGCCUACGCAACCCCCAAUGUCGACGGCAUGGAGUACCAAAACAUUCCAAGUUCGGAAACGGAUAAGAAGAGUGAAAGGAAAACGCUGCAAAAGUUACGGUUAGAUCUUGGAGAGGAUAUACCAAAUCUAGACGAGCCUACCUCCACGCGAGGUACAGCUGAGUCUUUCGAUACAGACAUGGAAGUGGAUUCGAAGCAAACACCCUUUACAUCCAGUAUACCGCAAGGACGUCAUCCGAGUCCAACGGCCGUCUAUAGUCAUGGAGAAACUUCUCCUCAGCCAAGUACUGCCGCCUCAUCUACAACACUAAGAUUAGGACAUACCCAACGAGCCUUGUACGUAUGUUGUCAGUGCAAUGAUGGGCCGAAGUCUUGGGACAAUCAGCCAAAAUGUGCCGUUUGCAACCAUUAUGUUUGUAGUUCUUGCAAACCAUUUAAAUUCUUUUGCUAGCAACAGUGGCUGCUGAUAUGCUGCACAUAUGGCUUAGAGCAAAUCAUUGAAGAAGUGGAAUCUGAGGAGAAGGAAGUAAUGAUGCACAUUCCUUUCUAUCUUUCUUUCUUUCUUUAACUAUCGCCUUCCUGGGCACGGCUAUAUAACUAAAAUAUUUAACAAAAAGACGCAGAAAAGGAAAUUUUUAGAAUAUCUUGCUAUGUUGAAUGGAUUCAUAUUCUAUUAGAUAAGAUAAC